AUGCCGGUCGCCUUGUAUAGAGUUGUUCAAUCAGACGACAGCCAAGGAAGAAAUUGGACGACACACAGCACGAUCUGCGCACAACGUCGACGGAGAAAAGGUGGAUCGUCAAGUCGAGGACAACGAUCCAGCAAACAGCAUCCAGUGUUUCCUCAAUCCGACGAAAAGAAACGGCCGUUUAUAACAAAGUGGAGCAAUAAUGAGAUGAAAUUCAGGCUUCAAGCCAAAGAAGAAGAUGUCGUUGUGGAUGAACAAGAGGAGGGGAGAAGUCGAAGUCCUAAAGAAGGAUUCGGAAACAGAUAUGAUACGCAGCAGCGAGUGGCUGACAAGGGCGGUGGCGAUCAUGAUUGGCGGGACCCGGUUUGGGCCUAA